AUGUCCAAGCGCCCUGCUUCUGUCGAAGCUGCUGCUGCUGCCUCCGCCUGGCCGCGACGGCGUCGGGUGGCAGACGCUUCUGGGCAGCCUGCUGCCCUGCCUGCGGCCGAACACGGUUCCGCGUCCAAUUCGGUGCGGCGACCUGCUUCGGCAGGUAUCCCACACCUCUGCCGCGGGCUGCCUGGGGAGCCCUGCUGCUUCUCCGUUUCGGUCGCUGGACAGCCAGCUCGUUACCAUGAUGCAUCACGGCAAUGUCCUUGGUGCAACAAUGUCCUGCUUCAGGAAAGCUUCGGCACCGAGCGUGGCUGCGGCAACCUCAGUCGCUCUUUGCGAUUCUUCUGGCAGCAAGACAAAUCUGUUUACCACAAGGCUGUCGGACGCUUGCCUCAGGCGCUGCGUUUGCACUGGCCACUGAAGGCUCUCGGACUCUCGCCUGCUUUCCAUUCCGUCGCAAGCCUACAAGCAACCCUGGCGACCCCGCACGGCCGAGGACGCGUCCUUGCCAUGCUUCGCAAGCGUCAAGCCACGGACCGAGACCUGGUCUCCGAGGCUUUGAAGGCGCUCCCAGCAGAGUACCUCGAAGACUUCGAAACGAAGCUUGCGCAGGAGCCCCGACGCGCACGUCAAGCGCGGCAGCGGGCCGCGGCCGAGACUGUGGAGCAGCGCUGGGAGCGACUGCUGGCUCGGAGGCGACGCCUGCGUGUGCCGUCGCGGCCCGACGAAGAAGCCGCCGUGUACGGCCGCCGGGCGGCGGAAGACCGUGUGCGUGUGCGCCGGAAGUUCUUUCCCGCACAGCCGAAAGAAGUGCGCCACACCGGUCGGCAGUGGUCCAACCCCUGGACGGACGCAGCGGCGGAACGCGUUCGAGACGUUGCCGACAACGACACCGGCCUUCCUCGUGCAGCCACUACUCCGUUGGCAACCAUGCUGGAGGACUGGUGUAAGCAAGGAGCUUGGGCUAUUUGCGAAAGAUGCUUUUCUUUGGAGCCGCGGCAUCUCAAAGAAGUUGACACGCGCCGCGUGGCCGAUCCGGCCGUGCCCAACUGUCGGUGGUGUCGCCGCGACGGCGUGGAGUCGGUGCCCACCGUUGACCGGGUGCCACGGCAGCUGCAGGGUCUCUGCCAUCAUGUGGUGGCUGCCCUUCCACCCUUCGACAUCGAUUGUGGACCGUAUCAACGUCCACCUCACGGAUAUCGUGUGCACACCGCCUUGCUGCGCUUGCUUUGGUCCGACACGGAUGUGGAAGCGAAAAUUGCUGCGCUCGAGCACCGGACGUGGCGAACGAAGGCGAAGAAAGCUUUCAAGUUCUUGAUGCAACACUCGUGUUCCGAGUAUAGGAACUUUGUGACACAGCACCGUCGUUUCCUUCGAGACCAUCCGAUGCCGACGGACGCAGCUCGUCGCCGCCCGCUGCAGACGCUGGAAACUCCUGGUAUAGAAACCGCCCUGUGGCCAGACCUGUACUACAACUCCGACUUGUGCGAGUCUGUGGAAAGGGCGACGGAUGCCCGACGACUCCAGCGCCAGGGUCUGCUCCACGAAGACAGCGACGACGACGACCCAGAGCGUGAAGACGACCCCGGCCGCGGUAGCCUCCGCCGCAGUUUUCUGAAGAAGGCCUUGCUCCAUCAGAUGCGCCACUUGCUUCGUUCCAGGCUACACCUGGAGGGACCGGAGCAGUCGAAAGCACGGCGAAAGCAGCAGGCUCUGGCAAAAGCAUCUCCUGUGCGGCGGUCGUCGCAUCAACUUCACGCAGUCCUCUUCGUGGAAAAGCCAGCUGCGGUACGGUUGCACGAGAAGUUGCACGCAACCGAGCCACCUGAAGGCCACCCACUCCGCGGGUAUGUCCUGGACCAGCUGAGCUACAGUGGCAGCGGCUGGCCGGUGCACGAAGCGCCCUCCUGUUGGGACACUGUUGAUGAAGUCGUGCAUCUGCACCACACGGAGCAGGACGCAGAGCAGGGUGUCCGAGCGUACGGGCUGGAGGAGGUGGAUAUACUGAAAGGCCACGUGGACAACAUAGCACCGCAAGCGGCAGGAUCCGGCGGUCGCGGGCUGCUCAUGCGGUAUGUUGCCACUUAUAAUGUCAAGUUCAGCAACAGCUUCCACAACGAGAUGCUGGCCGACACCGGCGUCUCCGGAUAUGGGAUGGCCCUCCGCAUCCUGAGCACGCUGCAUCCGUCCGAACCCGAAAUGUGGGUGACCUUGUUCAAGCAGCUGUUUCCAGAUUUCGCACUGGGAGGCACCAUGCUGCCAAUCGUAGCACCCUGGCCGACGAUGGACGCGCAGCCGGAGUUCGUGCGCCGGUACGAGCAAUGUGUGUGGCGAAGUGACAACAUGUCGCUCCUGGAGUAUCUUCGGAAAUCCAAUGCUGCUGGAGAGGUGGUCGCUUGGAUCCAAAAGCUCCAUGCCGCUGCUGACUCGGCACUGGACUUGGGUGAGUUCGCGAGUGUGCAGACGACGUUCGGUGAGAAGGUUGUGGCAGCGGAAACAGUGAGCAUUUUCAGCGACAAGUAUUUCGGUCAGUGGCUGAUGCUGCAUGUGCCUUUCCGCAGCGCCGCAGCGUUCUUGUUCCCCGACAUCGUCGCGAAGAUCCCUACGCGCUAUCAGCUCUUUGCUUGCGCCUUGCGCGCCGCUGGAGAUUACUGGACGGACAAAGCACGGGUGCGGGAGGACAUGCAACUGGCCGCUCACAAGGACGCGACUAUAGCUAGCUUCCUCGCUCUGCUGGAUGCUCAGCGUGAGAUCGUGGAACAAUACCUACGUGGCGACAUCUCGCUCGAAGACGAAGUGCCCGAGCCAGCCUUGCCUUCGCUGCCGGGCGCCGCCGGCCUGGAGCGGCCCCGCUUCAACCGUCAGCAGCAAGCCUUGGAGCGGUGCGCGCUGGAACGCUUGGAUUUGAUUCAAGCUUUGAAGGACGCCCAGACACCGGAGGAGGCCGAUGAUGUGGCUUUGCGCCUCGAAGAGCAGAACAGCGUCUUGGUGUGCAUGGGCGGCCCUGGCACGGGCAAGACGUUCGUCGCCGACUACCUCGUCCGCGUGGCUGUGCGGCGGGGCCACCGCGUGCUCUACGCGCUGCCGACGGGACAGCUGGCCUGCCGCAUGCGCCAGCGCCACCCCGACAUUCACGUCGACACUUGCGCCGGCGCCUUCCUGUUCUACCGGCCAGAAUCUGAAACCCUUGCUCUCAUGGCCGAGUACGAUAUGGUGGUCAUCGACGAAGCCUUGCAACUCAGCGCGGAGGAGUAUGGGCGCCUGCAUGCCAUGUUCUGCGCGACGGGCAAGCAGCUUCUCUUGCUGCUUAUGGGCGAUGACUGCCAACUUCCGAGCAUCCAUCCGCAGCAGGCCUGCGAUCACGCACAAUGGCGCUUUACGCACGUGGUGACCUUGACCGAGGUACGGCGUUGCAAGUGCGCCGUGUUGCAGGCCAAGCUGGAUUUCCUGCGUCAUCACAAGCCGCUCGGCCAGGAAGGCAAGCGCUUCGUCAAUCGCUUGUGCUACCGGCACAAGGCCUGGACCGGUCACGACGAGCCUACGAGCCUUGACAUUGAUUCCGUCUUCAAGCGCACCGGCGGAAAGACGCCGAGCCAGCUUUGCAUUCCUGAUGUUGGAGAAGCUGCUCCGUUCAAUACAGAUGAGGAUCCGGCAGAGGAAGGGAACGAUGAGGGCGAGAGUGAGUUGCCCCAGGUGACCUGGCCCGGAGCGAGUGGCCCGGAUUGGCAGGCGAAGUACUAUGCCCAGGAUGGCAGUGACGUUGAUUGGGAGGCAGCCCAUGAGGGGCAUGUGAAAUGGUGCCAAGCAGCCGGCGUGAAUCCAGAAGUCACGGAGGAAGAGCCGGAGACAGAGCCUGUUGCGGAGAUCGGCAGCAGGUGCGGUUCUUGUCACUGGCUCGACGGUGACGGGAACUGGCAUGUCGGGGACGUGCCAGAAGAUGAACAGUGGGAUGAGGCCGACGAGGCUGCGAAGGACGAAGCCGAUGAGAAUGAUGAAGAAUGGCUGGAGGAUGAGCAGCAAGACGCUGCUCACGAUGGUGAAGACCAGCUCGAGCAUUGGGCGCCCGAUGCUGAGGAGCCGUGGGAAACUGCCGAGGAUGGCGAGCAGUGGGAGGAGCAGUGCGAAGAUGACGAUGCCGGGCAAGACGGGCAGUGGGAAGCCGUCAAUGAUGACGGCGAUGGGGAGUGGGAAGAGAACGAUGACGAGCCCAACGGGCAGUGCGAAGCUGCUGCCGAGAAUGGCGAGCAGUGGGAAGCUGCUGCCGAGAAUGGCGAGCAGUGGGAAGCUGCUGCCGAGAAUGACGAGCAGUGGGAUGAAGCCGAUGGUGGUGUAGGUCAUGAUCAUGAGCAGUGGGAAGCUGCCGAGAAUGAUGACGAGCCCGAGCAAGACGGGCAGUGGGAAGGCAGCGCGGAGGCUCACGAGGGGCUGUGGCCUGCCGAUGAUGAAGGCCCGAGUGCCAAAGAGCAGCAGCAUGAAGACGAAGAGUGGCAGGCGCCUGCUGGUGAUCACGCUGUUGCAACGUUGGCCGAGAAGCCCACGGAUUGGGUGAAUUGGCCGAAGGCACCAGCCACCAAUGUGACCCAGGACUACCCCUCGAAAGCCGAAGUGGAACGCCUCGAUGCUUGGUGGUCCCGAUAUAAGGUCAAGGAGCCCACCACCGCCGACGAGAAGGAGGAGAUUACGAGCCCGGACCUGCCAACGUGCCCGAAGAGUGCCGAUGCGUCUCGCGAGGCCGCGACACGUGGCAAGGCCGAUCGCACCCGUGACCUCAAGGGCAUUCGAGAUCCCAGCAGCAACGAUUGGCUUUUGGUUGCAGCAGCCAAACAGCCGGAGAUUCCGAAUGAAGAAGCAGCAGGUGCAACGAAGGGUAAGAAAAAGGGCACCAGACCGCCAUAUGCAGAUACGGAAUACAACAUCCAGAGAAAGGCGUUCUUUGCCACGUGGAACUACAGUGAUGAAAGAAAGCUGGUGCUUCAAGACAUGGAUAUCAACGAGAUGAAACGUCGCGAUGCCAAACGCAUGAAGGUAAAGGAUGCCAACCGGAUAGCACGCCGGGUGGCCUACCUGUCGAUGGAGUACCAGCAUCGAUCUGGGUCGUUCUACAUCAUUGAAAAUCCCACCGGAUCCAUGCUUUUCGAAUACGCAUGCAUCAAAGCACGGUUGCGGGCCCAUGGUGCGACGUCGAUCAACCUCUGCCUGGGAGCACUCGGAGCUCCAUCCAAGAAGUGUGUUACACUAUGGGGCACUGCACCGUUUCUGUACGAGCUCUAUGAACAGCUGACUGGAUCAAGGAGGAACCAGCUGCGACGCAUCCAGUCGUUCUUGAAGAAGGAUAUCAGCAGUGGCUAUGUCGAUCGGCACGGCCGUGCUCGUCGAGUUGCUGGGCUCUUGCAUGAACACUUCAAGAUCCCACGAAGUAGGGUCGACGAGACGGAUAUGGAGCUGCACGAUACCUCUGAUGGUUGCAGCUCCGACUCCGGCCUUGAGGAUUUGAUUGGCAUGUCUUCGUCGUGA